AUGUCUUCAGGCGCAGGGAGAGAGGCCGUCUUCCCCACGCGGCAGGCGUUGGGUCAAAUGAAUGCGAAGUUGAAGGGAGCCCAGACCGGCCACAGCUUGCUGAAGAGGAAAAGCGAGGCUCUGACAAAGCGGUUUCGAGAAAUCCUGAAGAGAAUCGACGAAGCAAAACGGAAAAUGGGUCGAGUCAUGCAAAUCGCCGCGUUCUCCCUUGCCGAAGUGUCGUACGCGGUUGGCGGAGACAUUGGCUACCAAAUCCAAGAGUCCGUUAAGACAGCUCGUUUCAGGAUCAAGACCAAGCAAGAGAAUGUCUCAGGUGUCUUUCUACCUCAGUUCGAAGGAUACACAAAGGACGAGAUCAAUGAUUUUGGCUUGACGGGUUUGGGCAAGGGAGGUCAGCAGGUGCAGAGGUGUCGAGAGACCUAUACCCGCGCGGUCGAGACACUGGUUGAACUCGCCAGCUUACAGACGGCAUUCAUGAUUCUGGAUGAAGUCAUCAAGGUUGUGAACCGAAGAGUGAACGCCAUUGAACAUGUCAUCAUCCCGCGAACUGAAAACACCAUAAAAUACAUCAACUCCGAGCUUGACGAACUGGAUCGAGAAGAGUUCUACAGACUGAAGAAAGUGUCGGGAAAGAAACAACGCGACCAAGCAGCUGCGGAUGCUGAGCUUAGGCGACAGAAGGAGGCAGAGAAAGGCAAACCGGAACAAGAGAAUGAUGCGCAGCCGCAGGACGUGCUAGGCGAGCGUGAGGAUGAGGAUGUUAUCUUCUGA